CGCCGGAAGUAACACCGCACCGGCUUGAGCACGCGCCUCUUCUUGCCUGAGACUCGGCACGACAAGGGGGGGGGGAGGGGGUCAAGUCGCCGUAACUGGGGACACACAGGGAAGGGUAGCAGCUUAUUUUGGAUCGUUUGAUGGGAAGCAAGGGACAAUAGGGAGGUUUGUUUGUCACGCAGCAGGGGGCAAGGGUGGCUGCUGGUGGCUGGAGGCUGGUGGCUGGAGGCUGGUGGCUGGAGGCUGGUGGCUGGAGGAGCGGGUCGGGUCGGGGCAGCGCUGACUGUCGGCUCCGGAGGGAGUGGGACGAGCGGAGCGGAACGGGGCGCUCUUUCCGUCUGUGACACUUCGCAAGAAGGAAGCACGCGAUUGCACGUAUCCAAUCUCCCCCAGUACCACGUCACCUCGACUCUUCUCGCUCAUGGAAAUGGUUCCCAGCAUGGCCUCUUCGGUACGGACACGAGCAUCGAUCUCGGCAGUAGCAUCGACUUCAGCAAGCACUCUAUCUACUCGCACGUCCAGGCGCGUCCUGCGGUCGCCUACUGCUGCUGUUACGCUGCCGCAAGGUAGCAAAGCAUUCAGCUCCUUCCCCAGCUUAGCUUCAUCAGCCAUUAGACUGCCUACCAUUUCCUCCACUCAACGUCUUAUCCGCCCCUUCUCCUCCACUCCUUCUCACCAAAACACCCCCUCUACCGAGCUCUCCCCACAAACCUACCACUCCCUCUCCGAAUCCACUCUCGAAUCCCUCUUUCUCCAACUCGAAGACCUCGUAGAGAAUUCUUCUGCUCCAGGAGCAGCAGAGGGAGAGUGGGAGGUAGAAUAUUCGCAGGGUGUGCUGACUUUGAAGGUUCCACCUAGAGGAACGUAUGUGCUUAAUAAACAACCGGCGAAUAAACAGAUUUGGCUUAGUAGCCCUACUAGCGGACCGAAGCGCUUCGACUACUCAACCGAGGAAGGCGUAUGGGUCUGCUUCAAGGAAGGACAGCGAACCGUCUUCCACGAGCUGCUAGAUCAGGAGCUCAGCGAAGUCAUGGGACAGCAGGUGCAUGUGCUCAGGGAUGUACUUGAGGGAACGGACUAAUUGAGUUUGGACAUCGCAGCACGAGAAGCUGGGAAAUACAAUGGUGGUGAUCAGGCAUCAAU